AAAUUAUACUUCUAUUUUUUACUUGAUUUGUAGAUAAAACUUUUGUGGUCGACUUGCCGCAAAUUUAAAAAGUAAACUUAAUAAAUAUUUAAAUUAUAUAGACAAUACAUAUAUUCUUAAAAAUGGCUCGAAGAUAUGAUACUCGUACAACGAUAUUUUCUCCAGAGGGACGUUUGUAUCAAGUUGAAUAUGCUAUGGAAGCUAUAAGUCAUGCUGGUACUUGUCUUGGUAUUUUAGCAAAUGAUGGUAUUUUAUUAGCAGCUGAAAAAAGAAAUACGAAUAAGCUUCUAGACGAAGUAUUCUUUUCUGAAAAAAUUUAUAAACUUAAUGAUGAUGUAGUGUGUUCAGUUGCUGGAAUAACAUCAGAUGCAAAUGUCUUAACAAAUGAAUUACGCCUCAUUGGCCAGAGAUAUCUUUUACAAUAUGGAGAAACAAUUCCUUGUGAACAAUUGGUAUCAUGGCUUUGUGAUGUUAAACAAGCUUAUACUCAAUAUGGUGGCAAGAGACCUUUUGGUGUAUCCAUUUUAUAUAUGGGAUGGGAUCAUCAUUAUGGUUAUCAAUUAUAUCAGUCAGAUCCUAGUGGCAAUUAUGGUGGUUGGAAAGCAACAUGUAUUGGUAAUAAUUCUGCAGCUGCAGUUUCAUCACUGAAACAAGAAUAUAAAGAAGGAGAAAUGACUUUAAAAGAUGCUAUGGCACUGGCAAUUAAAGUUAUGUUUAAAACAUUGGAUAUGAACAAAUUGUCAUCUGAAAAAGUUGAAUUGGCAACUCUAACGCGCGUAGAUGGAAAGACGAGGACGAGAAUCUUGCCGCCAAAUGAAGUAGAAGCAUUAAUUGCUGAACAUGAAAGAUUAGAAGCAUUGGCAGAAGCAGCAAAGAAGGAAAAACAAAAACUUUAAAUUGUAUACUUUGAUUGUUUGAUUCUAUGGAAUGUAAUUAUUGUAAUGAAUUGAUUAAUAAAGAGUAUUUCACCUUUUUAUUGUA